AAUGUGGCCUCCGGACCUUGCCAAUCGACAAUUGAUCAAGACAGCAUGGGCAGGGAGGCUGUAUUAGCUGACCGCUAAUUGCUUUUAGACCCGAUGCAUUGGACAAGUCGCAAACACACCACUAACAGGAUUGAAACUCUCCAAAGCGCAUCGUUUUGCCCAGUGUACUGUGUGGGAAUCAGGGCAUUUCUGCCUACGGCUGCCUGGCUUUCCACCUCUGGCUUCCCGGUCGAAGUUUAAAGUGUUCGCGGUGUUGAGUUGUGCUCAUUAUUCAAGUUAUAAAAGACCGGAUGUUGCUGGAUAUUGCACUUGGGUCACGAUCAAACCUCCUCUUCCAAGCUGCAGUCGGGUAUCGGGCUCCAAGGACCCAGGUGUUGCAAGAUUCCUCUUGCCCAGUUGUCAUAUAUCACAUCCAUCACCUACCCUAUAUCCAAAUAACAUCACAUCCCUCCAGGAAUUGGUAACCAGCAUGGGCACUGAGGGCUCAACCACGAUCAUCCGCGGCUUCAAGGUCUCCGUCCUGACGCUCGAUGCCUUCCUCGCAGCCCACGGCGUCGACCAGACCUACGGCGCCCCGCCCUUCUACAGCCAUCAUCCAGACGAUGACCCCAUCUCGAAGCUGCUCAUCUCCAAGAUCUCCCAGCACGACCCCAACGCCGACAAAAGCCGGUUCCGCGUCCUCAUCCCGUUGUACGAGAGCAUGCCCAACUUUAAGACGGCGUAUGUCGCCUACGCAUGGGUUCCCGUGAAGGCGCAUCGCGAGAUAAAGCUGGACGAGUAUCUCCCGGCGGAGAUCCCCAGGGGUUUUGAGGAGCUGCGGCAGGAGAUUCUGAGUUAUGAGGGGCUUGGCAAGGAUGAGUUUGGUAAUCCCGCGAAGGAGGGAGAAAGGAUUGCGGAGGAGGGGAAGAUGGGCGUGUAUGCGAUCAUUACUUAUAAUAUCCGCGGCGGUUAUAGGCGGGACCAGUGGGAGCAGUAUGGUCCGGAGGGUCUCUAAGACUUGUGUAGAUCAGUGGUUGUGUGAUGCUUAGUUGGAUUAUCGCACCUGAAGCGUCCGCGGUUCGGUUGGGCCAAUAUUCCAUCCCCUAUCCACUCGUCUGCUGCUUCUUCUAACUCGCCCCUGAGUGGGAAUGUUGAUCUACUUGGGGUGUUGAAGUGCGC